AUGAAGGGAGGAGAGUUGGAAAAGGCUUUGGACAGAAGCGAGAAUCUGAUGGUCUCCAAGGACGGAUGUCCCUUCUGCAAGGAUGCCAGCGAAAUCCUCAAGAGCUGGAAGAUUGAGUUUGCCUGCAUCAAGAAUACGGAGAACGAAAGGCUUUCGAAGGAGAUAGAAAGGGAGUAUGGGUUCUCCACAUUUCCGAAGAUCUUUCUCAAGAGGAAGUUUGUUGGGGGAGCAAGUGACUUGAAGGAGUAUGUGAAGAAGAAAGAGUUCCUCGAUGCCUUUGGAUCUGGGAGGGAAUAA